ACCGUAAAGUACGGGAUUCCUGUGAAUUUUUCUUCGUUCUUCCCCUUUCUAAUAUUUGGAGCUGACACUUGGAUUCUCCGCCUUAUCUUAAUUCUAGAGCAUCACUGUAUACGGAGGUCAAGAAACAGGCCCAGCUUACUAGAGCCGAUAGCGACAACCCAACAUCAAACCAGAUUUCACUCUUAGAAAAAGCUGCUGUUGCUGUUCCAUCAAACGUCCGAAAAAUGCCCCUUCAACAUGCUGCAAAAGCACAGAAUAGUAAGAUGCUUGUGACAGGGACCGUCACAUUCUAUCUCGUAGCUGCAUUAGCGAUGGUUAUGGCUAACAAAUGGGUCCUAAAAACAACCGCUGCACCACUAUUUUUUCUCCUCACUCAGCUUCUAAUCGCCGUCAUACUAUUCCUUAUCUCGCAUGCGACUGGAUUAUUGCAAGUCCCAUUAUAUAUCGACAUGCAAUUAUUCAAAGGCUUGGCACCGAUGGUUGGUCUGAAUGUUGUCGGUCUCAGUUUCAGUAACUAUACUCUCAAAUAUGUCGAUGCGUCGUUCUACCAAGUUGCCAGAGGGCUUGUACUCCCUUUCACAGUCUGCACGUCCUACUUCCUCCUUCAGUCGCGUCCAUCACUGCGGAUUUUGGUUUCCUGUUCGAUCGUUACCCUUGGGUUCUUUGUUGGUGUGUUCCUUGACGGCACACCCAUCUCGGUCAUUGGUGUUUCUUUCGGUGUUGCAAGCUCUGCUAUUACUGCCUUGCACUCUGUUGUUAUCAAAAAAAGUUUAGAUGUCGUCAAGGGUAGCGCACUGCAUCUCUCUUGGUACACCAAUCUACUGAGCAUUUUGGUGUUGGCACCAAUAAUGGUGAUUAUGGGAGAACUUCCAUCGGUCAUGGAACUAUUGUUCACACCAUCCACCUUCAUCACAGCAGAAGGAGAGCUCACCCCCUUACAAACCUUUAUGUGGGGAUCAUUAAUCACCGGUAUUCUGGGUUUCCUGAUGAGUAUCGCAAGUUUGUUGUCCAUCAAAGUUACGUCUCCAAUAACGCACAUGGUUUCAUCUGCGGUACGUGGUGUGGCAGCCUCGCUUUUGGGAAUGUGGCUGUUCCAUGAUAUCAUCACUUCUGGCCGUGCAUCUUCGAUAGCUAUUAUUUUAGGUGGUUCGAUCUACUACACUUGGGUAAAGCACAUGGAAUCUCGAACGCCCAAAUCUGGGGAGCGAGAUGGAUCAAAGUAUGAACGGGUGCCGUUGGACGAUAUAGAAUCGCAGAAUGACUCUACGAAGCCCGAGUAGAUGAAUUUCUGAUGUGGUUAUGGUCUCCAGGUGACAAACAGCUGUUUGACGCCGCCAGAUGAUGUCUCUUUGUUUUGUAUCAGCAUUGCCUGAACUAUGAACAUGCUGUCCAACGUUCUUUGAUACCCACUGUACUGCAGACAAGUAAUUUAAUAACGACAGAAGCCGGCCUUGCACACUACAGGAAUAUGAAUGAUAUUGAAAGUG